CUGAAACGCUAAUCGAUAGAGCAGUUUCGUUAACUUCGUUGGGUGGUCAAUAUGGAAACCAGAAACCAACAGAAUUUCUUUGUUUAACUCUAAAAUUAUUACAAUUACAACCAAGUAAAGAAAUUAUUAUAGAAUUUAUUAAGAACGAGGAAUAUAAGUAUUUGAGAGCUCUUGGUGCAUUUUACUUAAGACUUGUUGGAACGUCACUGGAAAUUUAUCAAUAUCUUGAACCAUUAUUAAAUGACUAUCGAAA